UUGCAUGGGGCUCCUGGCUGUGCUGUGGCCAGAGGUGCCUGCUCUGUCUGAUUGGAACAAGUCUUUGGAGAUCCCAGGGACAAGGGGUUUGGACACGUGGCUUUAGGAAACACUUAUUUAGUGAAAUGCCUGCUCUCCCUCUGGUGCAGUUUCCUGCUUGCUAGAAGAGGAUUUCAAAGUAUGGGCAUGUCCUAUACAGGGGCAGGGUGCAUUUUGUCCUGCAUGGGCUCAGGCUCAUGCAAGCAGCAGUACCUGCAUGAAACAUGGGUGAGCUGCAUCAGAUGAGCAUCCCCCAGGGUCUGGCCGGAUUCUCCGGGUGCUGCUCCAAGGGGAGGAAGACAACUUGCUGCCUGCUCCCAGCCAGCUUUGGGAGGGAGGUGCUGGCAACAUGCCUGUGCUGCUACUCUGCUCUGUAUGUCCAGCAGCUCUGCUCAGCCAGGGUCUGCAGACCCUGCCCUCACCUGGCAUCUGGCUUUUCAUGACUUUUCCUGGCCUUCCUGCAGCACUGGACAUACAGUCCAGUGAAGGCACCAUGAAGUGUAGUGUAACUUUCUGAAGUUACUCAGCAUUACUCAAACAUCCCUGGAGGUGGCUGAGGGACUGGAAAGGAUGUGGGGCUGGGAAUUUGAAGAAAGAAGAGUAACGAAGCUGUUUCGGUCCUGCAUUGCAGGCACAGAGCAUGUCCUCUUGUAGCCUGCAGCAGAGGUGUUGGGAUUGGGCUCCAGCAGUGGCAGCUGGCUGCAUCCCUGUUGCUGACUCCUGCACUUUUGUUAUGAAUUUCGCAAUGGUUUUGGGCUUAUCUGAAGCGCCAAGAGCCAGAGCGUGACAGUCCGUGGGGUGGCGGGAGCCUGCCUGUUCCCUCCCUGUCCCGCAUGAGCAGUGUUUGGUGUUGAGCAGAGGCUGGGGCUUCAUCAGUUCACCUUUUCCAGUCACACAGCUGCGGACUGGAUCAGGCAGAAAUUUCUGGUGUGGAGGCAUCCCAGGUAACUGGAUGCGUCUUGGGGUGAAAGCGCCACACCACAUUGUGCAGUGGGGUGGAUACUCCCAAAGCAAGAGGGAAUAAUCCCUGUGCCAGCUUCUGACCUGUAGCCGUGUCCCACCUGCCUUCCUGCAUGUUUGGGUCACGGGAGUCCUCAGCUGUGGUUUGCAGCAUGGGCUGUCAGGAGCCCGUGUGUGCUGUGGAGGAGAUCAGCACUGGUAGUGGUGCUGUGCAAAGUGUUUACCUGGCUCCCCAUGCUCCUCAACAGUGCUUUUCCCUCGAGGAUGACUUGAACUUAACGUCGUUGGAUGCAGAAACCAUCUUGGAGGCUGAAGAGAUCCUUGGGACAAUGCAGAACUAUCUCGACUCCUCUGUGAUCUCUAUCAUCGAGGAUCUCUCUCUGUGCGAGCAGAGCAAGGUCUGCCUGGAUGUGCAGAACGAGCUGUCCUUGCUGACUGCCAUCACGGAGAUCCUGGACAGCACGGAUGAUGAGACCCUGUCCCCCUUUGACACCAUCAUGGAUGCAGAGCUGCUGACCUCGCCUCGUGAGCGGGAGAAUCCCUCGUUUCAGAAGUUUCUCACCUUGUCCCGUCCAUUGCUGGAGUGUGAGAGCCCUGCCCUGGAGCAGUCCAAGGCUCUCAGGCCUCUCAGCAGCAGCAGCAGUGUCUCUGUGAUUGGGAAGACUGAUGCUGACCUGCCCUGGGACUGUGCUGCUCACGGCCUCGAGGACACAGUGCUGCCAAAGAAGCAAAUCUGCAGCACCCCGAGAGUGGAGAGGAAGAUGGGCCGGCACCGGGCUCGAGAGCAGCCCUUGCCACAGCGCAGUGAUGGGGAGGAAGAAGAGGAAGAAGCUGCCUUGGGUGUGGAGCUAGACAGCAGCAUGAAGGCUGUGGAUUUCUGUGUGAGUGAGGCUGGGGCAGCACUGGAGGAGCACGAAGACCCCUGCAUCAUCAACACAGGUGAUGUGUCUCUGAGUGAGCUGGUGAAGUCCAUGCACCCGUACUGCCUGCCCACAUUCACUGUGUGCCUGGACCCGGAGACUGAGCCCGUGGCCAAGGAACUUCUGAGCAGUCCGGUCUUGCUGGAAAUAGUGCCUGACGAGGGAGAGAGUGUGGAGAUCCCUGUGGUCCUGCAGCCUUUGGCUCCCAGCUCUCUUGAUCUGGAGCCCCAGCUCCUGGGAGCAGAGGAGGGUACCAGGGAGUCAAUCCCAGAGGAUACAGAGGAGCUGCCAGGAGCUCCAAACCAGGAAAGUGGAGUGGAGGAGAAGAAGGAGGAAAAACUGCCUGGGAAGGAGCCCUCCUGCACUACCCCAGAGGGUACCUCCUCACCAGAGGCAGCAGCACCUGGAACCUGGAGUCCCAACAGCAGCUCCUGGCACAGCACGGAAGCCACAGUGGGUGGCAAACGCGAGUGCUCUGAGAAGGGACGGGGCCGUGAGAGAGCAAGGAAGAGUCGGAAAAAGAAAGCGGAGGACCAAAGCAAGCAGGCCAGGCCUGGCAGGGACUGUGUGGCCCACCGGCUUCGCUCUACUGGCUCCGGGCAGCCCCUGGGCCAGCUGGCCACCAGCCGGCAGCGGGCAGCAUGUCCCUCUGUCCAGGUCUCAGACUUCCUGGCACAGCAGCUGGAACGAGCCCGGAAGGAGGGGCAGAUGGAGCUGAAUGCUGAGCGGGCACCACGACCCCAGGGCAGGCCCCGGAGCACAUCAGGGGCCUCCCUUCCCAAGAAAGCGCAGCAGGAGCUGCAGAAGGUGCCAUCACCAGAAAUGGUGAGCGUAGCCCCAGAGAAGAACAAAACUGCAGUGCCUCUGGAGAAGACCACACCAAGCAUGGAGGGGCAGCCAGCAACUGCAUGUCCCAGCCCGAAGGACCAGGCUGAGGGCCAGGGAGAUGCACAGACGUCUGCUGGACAGAACAGUGGGGUCUCAGAGGCUGCCUCUCAGCUCCUGGAGCAAGGUGUGCGGUCGGAACCCCCCCAGAGCAUGCCAGCAGCAGAGCCGAGGGAGGGCCUGCCCAAGGAAGCCAAACCCAAGGCGCUGAGCCUGCGGGAAUACCGCAUCCGCAUGCUGCACCGCCAGUCCAGCGCGGGUGGCAGCCAGGAAGGCAAGAAGCAAGUGGCCGGCAAGUGGCCCAGCGUCCCUGAGCCUCCAGCAGAGCUGGCAGAGAUCCCCUGCCUGGUGUCACCCAUGCGCUCUGCCACUGAGGCAGACAGUGCUCAGCAGGGCUUGGAGAAACCCGCCAGCCCCACUGCUGGCCCUUCUCCUGCUGGCAAAACUCCCACUGCUCUGGCUUCAGCUAUGGCACCUGCCACGGCUCCACCACCCACAACACCAAUGCCUUUUGCUGCACCAAACGUGCCCCCAGCCGCUGGGAUGGCCCCUGCCGGGAUGCCGCCACCCUCUGCCGGUGCUUACACCCUUUACCCACCAGUGCCUUCCUGGCCCUGUUUUAGCCCCCAGCCCAUGGGCUACCAUGGUUUGCCCCCGCCACCCCUUGCCGGCUCCUCCAGUACUUUUCACAUGGUGCCUGGCCUCCCGCCUCCAGCCAUGGCCUGGCCUCCACCGGCCGUGCCACCCCCACCUCCAUUUGGCCCUGGUGGCCUCUAUGGCCCAGUGGGGUGGGCACCACCAUCCUACUGGCCAGGAAUCCCCAUGCCACCUCCGGUGCCUGCCCUGGCAUACAGGGACCCCAGAACAGCAGCUCAGGCUGCCACUGCCUUCCCAGCUGGCAGCCACCCUAGCACAGCCCUCCUGCAUGGGCAGCCUCCCGCCGCCCCUGUGCUCAGCUGCCCGGAGCCACCGGCCUUCCCUGCCCAGCCCCCUGCUGCCCCGGCCACUGAGAUGGGGGCUGCUGGUGGCCCAGCCAGGCCAGCAACCAGCAGGGUACCGGACUCCAGGAGGCAGGCACGGCUGGCAGGGGAGAGCUCUCUCCCCAAAGCCCCUCUGGCUCCUGCCCCAGCCCAGCCUCUGCCAGCCCCCUCAGUUGCUGCUACCCAGCCCAGCAGGGUCCCUCCUGCAGCACCAGUCCCCCAGCCUGCCCCCACUCAGCCUCCAGAGGAGCUUCAGGCUGUAACCCAAAGGGCCGAGCUCCCAAAGGCCCCUCCAGCUGUCAUCCACUGCGCUGUGGAGGUGUCCCCUGCCGCUGGCCCUGCUGGGGAGUCCCCUGACACCUGCCCCACGGAGAAGGCUGUUGGGCCAGGCAAGGGGACAGUGGAGAGAGCCCUGCUGGAGCCCAAGGCAGCUGCUGGGCAGGAGCUGCCUGGCCAAACAUCCACCUCCCAGGCUGCGGCACCACCACCAAAAGCAGGUCGAGAGAGCAGCCUGCCCAACAAGGCGCCCGCUGCGCGGCCAUGGAGGCACCAGCCGCUCCUCAGCCCGGCACAGCCCCAUGACAGCAGCAAGGACAUCGUGCAAGCCUUCAUCAGCGAAAUUGGGAUUGAAGCCACCGACCUGUCCAGCCUGCUGGAGCAGUUUGAGAAGUCUGAAGCCAAGAAGGAGGAGACUCCUGUGCAGCACCCCGAGGACAGGAGGCCAUCAGGGAGCUCUGGGCCUGAGACCCAGCAGGAUGGACAGACUCAGCAGGAGAGGAAGCCCCCAGAUGGCCUGCAUGCCUCUGAGCUGGCCAAUGUGGCAGGCCUCACCCCGCCAGCAACGCCCCCCCAUCAGCUCUGGAAGCCUUUGCCUGCUGUCUCACUGCUGGCUAAGGCCAAGUCGCCUGGGUCUGCACCCCAGGAAGGGUCCCAGAAGACAGCCAAGCUGAUGAAAGCCAAGCCACUGCCCCCAAACAAGAUCCAGGGGAAGAGUGUGGUGCUGGCCCCCACCGGCACAACCCCCAACCACGUCUGCUCGGGAGACCACGACUACUGCAUUCCAUCCGUGGCACAGCCGGAGAGCAACAGUAUCCCUGGCACGAAGCCCCCUGCUGAAGGCGGCUCCCGCUGGAACGUCAAACGCCACCGGGACAUAACAAUCAAACCCAUCUCCUCCUUAACCAAACGGACGCUGGACCAACCUGAGCCCACCCCGCCAGCCCCCUCUCCCACUGUGGGGCCCGUCCAGGAGCCUGUGGGGACAGAUUGCCUGGCCCCCCUGGAUUAUCGGACUACCAUCCCCAACAAGGCCACCACCAGGUGCAGCAGUCCCCCCACCUCGGUGCUCCUGUCUCCAGCUGCGUCCCCGUGCCGGGACCAGGAGGUGAGGACUCCCAGUGCCCAGCCCAGCCAUGCUGCUGCCAAGAGGUCCCUGCGCUGCUACCGGAGACCCCAGGACUCACCCAGCCCCUCUACCAACAGCUGGAGGGCUGGCCGGAGCCGUGCCAGCCGCUCCUUCAGCUCCAGUUCGGAUGGAGCUAGCGAGUCCUCAUCUUCAUCUUCAUCCUCAUCCUCCCGAUCCCGGUCACGGUCGUUCUCCCCACCCCCCAAGCGGUGGCGAAGAUACCGCUCAAGAUGUUCUCACAGCUCCUCCUCUCGCUCCAGCUGUGGGUCAUGCGGCAGGUCCCGUGACAGGUCCUCAUCCUCAUCAUCAACAUCCUCCUACUCGUCCAGGUCCACAUCCCACAGCCAGUCCCGCUCCCCCUCACCCCGCAGGAGGAGUAACAGGCGGAGAAGAUACAGUUGCGAUGCACAGGACCACUACCAAAGGCAGAGGAUCCUCCAGAAGGAACGUGCAAUAGAGGAGCGUCGAGUUGUGUUUAUCGGCAAGAUCCCCAGCAGGAUGACACGGUCAGAGCUGCAGCACCGCUUCUCUGUGUUUGGGGACAUUGAGGAGUGCACCCUGCACUUCCGGUCUGAGGGGGACAACUAUGGCUUUGUCACCUAUCGCUAUGCCGAGGAAGCCUUUGCUGCCAUCGAGAGUGGGCACAAGCUGCGGCGCCCAGAUGAGCAGCCCUUUGACCUGUGCUUUGGCGGCCGCCGGCAGUUCUGCAGGAGGAACUACGCCGACUUAGAUUCAAACCGGGAGGAUUUUGACCCGGCUCCCGUCAAGAGCAAGUUUGACUCCCUGGACUUCGACACGCUGCUGCGGCAGGCACAGCGCAGCCUGCGGAGGUAGCAGCAGGCAAGGCGGAGCACCUGCCCCCGCUUUUAUACUCAAAUACAAAAGGCAAAAAAAGUAUGGAGAGAGAGAGAUAUGGGGUUUUUAAUAAAAAGAAAAAGGAAAAAAAUUUGUUUUAUAACCAAUAUUUAAGGAGGAUGGGUUGCUGGCCUUCGACUGGAGGGACCCAGGCAAGUGGCAGUCCUGGGCUUGCCCCAGACAUAUAAUAAAUGUGGAUGCCCAAACA